AUGAUCAUUAAAUUCAAUCAAGGCGGCUUCAAGCCCAGUCCCAUCAUCAGUUCAUUCAUUUACGGCGGCGUCCAGCCCAGUGCCAUCAUCAGUUCAUUCAAUCAAGGCGGCGUCGAGCCCAGUGCCAUCAUCAGUUCAUUCAAUCAAGGCGGUGUCAAGCCCAGUGCCAUCAUCAGUUCAUUCAAUCAAAGCGACUUCAAGCCCAGUACCAUCAUCAGUUCAUUCAAUCAAGGCGGCUUCAAGCCCAGGACCAUCAUCAGUUCAUUCAAUCAAAGCGACUUCAAGCCAAGUGCUAUCAUCAGUUCAUUCAAUCAAGGCGGCUUCAAGCCCAGUACCAUCAUCAGUUCAUUCAAUCAAGGCGGCGUCAAGCCCAGUGCCAUCAUCAGUUCAUUCAAUCAAGGCGGCUUCAAGCCCAAUGCCAUCAUCAGUUCAUUCAUUUACGGCGGCGUCGAGCCCAGUGACAUCAUCAGUUCAUUCAAUCAAGGCGGUGUCAAGCCCAGUGCCAUCAUCAGUUCAUUCAUAUACAGCGGCGUCAAGCCCAGUGCCAUCAUCAGUUCAUUCAAUCAAGGCGGCUUCAAGCCCAGUACCAUCAUCAGUUCAUUCAAUCAAGGUGGGUUCAAGCCAAGUGCCAUCAUCAGUUCAUUCAAUCAAGGCGGCGUCAAGCCCAGUGCCAUCAUCAGUUCAUUCAUUUACGGCGGCGUCGAGCCCAGUGCCAUCAUCAGUUCAUUCAUUUACGGCGGCGUCGAGCCCAGUUCCAUCAUCAGUUCAUUCAUUUACGGCAGCGUCGAGCCCAGUUCCAUCAUCAGUUCAUUCAAUCAAGGCGGCGUCAAGCCCAGUGCCAUCAUCAGUUCAUUCAAUCAAGGCGGCUUCAAGCCCAGUGCCAUCAUCAGUUCAUUCAAUCAAGGCGGCGUCAAGCCCAGUGCCAUCAUCAGUUCAUUCAUUUACAGCGGCAUCAAGCCCAGUGCCAUCAUCAGUUCAUUCAAUCAAGGCGGCUUCAAGCCCAGUACCAUCAUCAGUUCAUUCAAUCAAAGCGACUUCAAGCCAAGUGCAAUCAUCAGUUCAUUCAAUCCAGGCGGCUUCAAGCCCAGUAACAUCAUCAGUUCAUUCAAUCAAGGCGGCGUCAAGCCCAGUGCCAUCAUCAGUUCAUUCAAUCAAGGCGGCUUCAAGCCCAAUGCCAUCAUCAGUUCAUUCAUUUACGGCGGCGUCGAGCCCAGUGCCAUCAUCAGUUCAUUCAAUCAAGGCGGUGUCAAGCCCAGUGCCAUCAUCAGUUCAUUCAAUCAAGGCGGCUUCAAGCCCAGGACCAUCAUCAGUUCAUUCAAUCAAAGCGACUUCAAGCCAAGUGCAAUCAUCAGUUCAUUCAAUCCAGGCGGCUUCAAGCCCAGUAACAUCAUCAGUUCAUUCAAUCAAGGCGGCGUCAAGCCCAGUGCCAUCAUCAGUUCAUUCAAUCAAGGCGGCUUCAAGCCCAAUGCCAUCAUCAGUUCAUUCAUUUACGGCGGCGUCGAGCCCAGUGCCAUCAUCAGUUCAUUCAAUCAAGGCGGUGUCAAGCCCAGUUCCAUCAUCAGUUCAUUCAAUCAAGGCGGCUUCAAGCCCAGGACCAUCAUCAGUUCAUUCAAUCAAAGCGACUUCAAGCCAAGUGCCAUCAUCAGUUCAUUCAAUCAAGGCGGCUUCAAGCCCAGUACCAUCAUCAGUUCAUUCAAUCAAGGCGGCGUCAAGCCCAGUGCCAUCAUCAGUUCAUUCAAUCAAGGCGGCGUCAAGCCCAGUGCCAUCAACAGUUCAUUCAUUUACGGCGGCGUAAAGCCCAGUGCCAUCAUCAGCUCAUUCAUUUACUGCGGCGUCGAGCCCAGUACCAUCAUCAGUUCAUUCAAUCAAGGCGGCUUCAAGCCCAAUGCCAUCAUCAGUUCAUUCAUUUACGGCGGCGUCGAGCCCAGUGCCAUCAUCAGUUCAUUCAAUCAAGGCGGUGUCAAGCCCAGUGCCGCACUACCGAAAAAUUGUUAG